CAGGAACGGAAGCGGAAGUGGCGGCGGCGCCGGCCUGGCCUGGCCUGGCUGAGGGGAGGCGGCGGGCGGGCGCGAUGGCGGAGGCCGGGCCACAGGCGCCGCCGCCCCCAGGCACCCCAAGCCGGCACGAGAAGAGCUUGGGACUUCUCACUACCAAGUUCGUGUCGCUUCUGCAGGAAGCCAAGGACGGCGUGCUUGACCUCAAGCUGGCAGCUGACACCCUAGCUGUGCGCCAGAAGCGACGGAUUUAUGACAUUACUAACGUGCUGGAAGGUAUCGGGCUGAUCGAGAAAAAAUCCAAGAAUAGCAUCCAGUGGAAGGGUGUGGGGCCUGGCUGCAAUACACGGGAAAUUGCGGACAAGUUGAUUGAGCUCAAGGCAGAGAUCGAGGAGCUGCAGCAGCGGGAGCAAGAACUAGACCAACACAAGGUGUGGGUGCAGCAGAGCAUCCGGAACGUCACAGAGGACGUGCAGAACAGCUGCUUGGCCUACGUGACUCAUGAGGACAUCUGCAGAUGCUUUGCUGGAGACACCCUCCUGGCCAUCCGGGCCCCAUCAGGCACCAGCCUGGAGGUGCCCAUUCCAGAGGGCCUCAAUGGGCAGAAGAAGUACCAGAUUCACCUGAAGAGUGUAAGUGGUCCCAUCGAGGUGCUGCUGGUGAACAAGGAGGCAUGGAGCUCACCACCCGUGGCGGUGCCUGUGCCGCCACCUGAAGAUCUGCUCCAGAGCCCACCUGCUGUCUCUACCCCUCCCCCUCUGCCCAAGCCUGCCCUGGCCCAGCCCCAGGAUGCCUCACGGCCAAGCAGUCCCCAGGUGACCACCCCAACCCCUUCCUCCGGCAGCACUGAGGCCCAGGGGGUGGCCGGUCCAGCAGCUGAGAUCACAGUGAGUGGUGGCCCUGGAACUGAUAGCAAGGACAGUGGUGAGCUGGGCUCCCUCCCACUGGGCCCGACAGCGCUGGAUACCCGGCCGCUGCAGUCCUCUGCCCUGUUGGACAGCAGCAGCAGCAGCAGCAGCAGCAAUAGCAGUUCAUCCGGACCCAACCCUUCUACCUCCUUUGAGCCCAUCAAGGCAGACCCCACAGGCGUCCUGGAACUCCCCAAAGAGCUGUCAGAAAUCUUUGAUCCCACGCGAGAGUGCAUGAACUCAGAGCUCUUGGAGGAGCUGAUGUCCUCAGAAGUGUUUGCACCCCUCCUCCGCCUUUCUCCACCCCCUGGAGACCACGAUUACAUCUACAACCUGGACGAGAGUGAAGGUGUCUGUGACCUCUUUGAUGUGCCUGUUCUCAACCUCUGACUGACAAGGGCAUGCCCUUUGUGGCUGGGACACAGACUGUCUGACCUGGGGGCUGCCUGGGGACCUCCCCGACCCCAUCCCUACACAGCUUGAGAGCCACAGACUCCUGGCUUCCCCAGACUUCCCUCACUGCACAGUUCUGGCCACAAGUCCUACUCCUGCACCAACACCUGUACGGUGCUGGCAGAGCAGGGACAAGGGGCUUAGCCCACUCCACGUGGAGCCAAAGUGUUUGCCUCUCCUGUUUUGGAGCCUUUCCCUACCUAGUACCCUCCCUGGGCCCUCCCAGAGUUGAGGCUCAGCUGCCACCCAGUGGCACAGAACCGAGGACCCUCCAUCACCCUCAUAGGGCAGCUUGUCCAGCCCCACUGUCCGGUACCUGUCAGCCCCUGUCGCCUCCAGGAGGAAGCAUGGGGUGGGGCUGGGUACUUGCCAGCACCACCCAGCCUCCUUCGCUUCUGCCCACACGCAGUCAUACAGCUCUCCUGGUCCUCUCGUGUGCCCCCUUCUGCUGGGCCCCUGGCCCUGAGGACCUGUAGGUGGUGGUAGGGCUGCCAACAGGAAGGAGCGGAGAGCUCUAGCUGGGAAUCUGGGCGAGUGAGUCCCUGAGGAUUGGCCGAAUCUCCGUCUGCCCCCAGCCACCCUCUUGUUUAUUCAUUUACCCUGUUAGAGCCAUUUGCAGAGAUUUAGAAAGAUUUGCAGUAACAAAUGGAUUCCUAUAUAAAGAUUAUUUUUAUACUUUUUGCAGCAAAAGGAAAUUGUAAUAUUUGUACAGUGUCCAAGUGAAUAAAGACCGUGCCUAAGGCUA